AUGAAAGUUCUAGUUUCUAGUUCAAUUCUAGUUUUUCUCAUUUUUCUAGUCGAAUUUGGAAACUCAAAAAGGUGAGCUUUGAGUUAGCUGAAAAUUAGUUAUGACGUGGAAAUUCAGAAUUUUUGAAAUAAAUUUUAAAAAUUUAAUUUUUCCGAAAUGUUCCACGUCACCUAUAUUCAGAAUUAUUUUCAAGUUGCAACUACAGUAACCUGUAAGAUCGAGAGUUCCCAGAUUACUGUAAAAAUUAAUAAGAAAAAUGAAAAAUUAACAUUUUUCCCAAGGCUCAAAUCUAGCUUAAAUUGUUUCGUAAAUAUUUCCAAUAAAUUCCUAGGAAUUUCUUGAUAAUUGAUGGCCGCCGCCGCCGUAAAAAAUAAAUGUUUCCAGAUGUUUCAACAUAAAAAAGAAUACAAAAAAAGCAAAAAUAUAUCAAUUUGUUUCAGCGAAAACUUUUGUCGUGGUUCAAUUGGCGGCGAAUGUGAUCCGAUUGCUUGUGGUGGACAAUGUUCAGCAAAAUAUGUUCGAUUUUAUGAUAAUGUACAUCAUAGCGAUCGAACGAUUAAGAAUUGCAUGUGUCAACAGGUAUUAACAUAUUCUGGAACUAUUAUGUAACUUUAGUAGUUGAAAAAAUACUCUAACGAAAAAUUAAUGUAGUUAUGACGUGGCGAAGUCAAGUUUCAAGAACAAUAUUGUAAAAUAAGAAUUCGAAAAUAUUGUGUGUGAAAUGAGUUACAGCAAAGUUUGGCCAAAAUCGCAACAUGAUUUUAUUUCUGGCCACCAGAAGAUUUUUUUGAAUAAUUUUCCCUUGGGUAUUGCCGAAGUUCCUUGUUAGUUAUCUAACAUAGUGAGCUUUUUUUGAGAUAAGUUCUACAUUUUUAAAAUUAAAUUCUGAUUUCCACAAGUUUCUCUUGCAAGUAACAAAUUCCAGGAAAGAUUCUGCUCAAUUUCUGGAUUAUCUGCAAUCAAUGGAUGUAGAUCAUAUUCAUUGCUCAAUUCAGCUGUUCAAAGAUAUAUUAGACAUUGGAGCAUGGAUUCAAGAGACCGACAAAAUCGUCAUUCAAAUGAUGCAAGAUUCAGAUAUUCUGAUAAACUUAGGUAAACAGUGGAAAAACAUUAUUUUGAGCUCAAAAAUGUGUGCUCUGAAAUAUAAUUUUAGAUGCUCAAUUUCCCUUGAAAUUUGAAGUUUCAGUCAAAAUGGGAUUUUUUGUAGAAAAAAUUGGACUGAAAAUUCGAAAUUGAUUGAAACAGUGAAAAAACUUUCUUUUCAAAAUUUUUGAACAUAAAUAAGUCGAAUUUUCCAUAAAAAUUGGGUGAUUUUAAUGACAAAUAUUUUCGAAAUCAACAUUCUCAAAAAACACAACACAUUUCAAAAAAUUUUGAAACGUAAAAAAUUCACCUUUUCAUCUUGAUAUAACCACAAUUUCCAGACAUAUGCAAUUGAUAAAUGGACAUUCCCGUUUUUGCUGUCAUUCAACAUCUCCACAUUUUGCUCUUCAACUUCGAAGUUCCUCAUUUACACUACCCCAAUUAUCAACAGCACUUUUCCUGAUUAUUUUAAAUUUAUAG